CUGGAAUAUUCAGUGAGUUUUUGCAAAAGCUGCAAUCCUGGCGAGCAUGCCGGCAUUUCGUUUGCGCGUUUGCCAAUCAAAAUCAAAUGGCAGAUUCGUAUCCAAUAUGGCUGGUCGAAGUGGUUAUGGAAAUUCUGGGAACUAUGACUCGGGACGCCGAGACGGAGGGCGCAAGCGUCUACCUGACAAGCCUCCCUACACAGCUUUCGUCGGAAAUCUCCCUAAUGGAGUCACUGAAGGUGACAUCGCUGACGCCGUUUUCAAAGACCUAAAUGUGGCAAGAACCCGAUUGGUAUUUGACCAUGAUAGCUCUAAAUUCAAAGGAUUCUGUUAUGUUGAGUUUGACGACUUGGAGAGCAUGGAAAAAGCUCUGGAUAUGGACGGUCGUAUUCAUAUAGAUGAUGCAGGACCUAUCAGGAUUGAUGUUGCGGAAGGGAAGCGCAACAACCGAGAUGGAGGCCGCGGAGGUGGCGGUGGUGGAGGUUUCAGAGACAGAGGUCCAAGAGGCGGAAGAGAUGGCCGAGAUGGCGGUGGAUUCAGAAGGCAAGGCGGCGGUGGCGGCUUUGAUAAUUUUCACAAUUCCGGUUUUAAUGAUGGGGGUCCUGGAGGUCCAGGAGGCCCCGGUGGCUUCGGUAGGAACCGAUCAAAUUAUGGUAAUGAUUUUGGUGGUGAUAGAGGUAGAAGUAAUUAUGGUCAAUUCGAUGAUAGAGGCGACGAUAGAGGCGGUAGCAGUAAUUGGGGCCGAAGCGGCAACCGUUCCAAUUUCGGUGAUCGCAGGGAUGGUGGCGGACGGCCCCCAAGGCAAGAAGGAGGCUAUGGCCGACAGAAUUCUUUCUCAUCUAGUAGCGACUUACCGUCAGCUCCAGUUGACACUAGUAACAGGCCCAGACUCAAGCUAGCGCCACGCUCAGUCAAUGCGCCUAUUAAUGACCUAGCAGACACCCUUCAGCGUUCUUCCAUAUUUGGUAACGCCAAACCUCGGGAUGAAAAAUUAGCCGAAGCCAAGAAACCCGCAACACCGGAUCCUCAACCGUAAUUCAUGUUAAGCCAACUUUUGUAUGUUCGCCUCAUCAGCCCCAAAGUGAGUUUUUUUAAUUUUGUUUUUUUUAUUUAAUUAUUUGCUCCCUCCCUCUGAACUCCAGUUAUGUGUCUGUGCUUAUCUUUCGUAAAGUGUCUGAUAAACACAUAACCUUUUUUGGGGCUAUGAGCUCCCUUUACUUUUCUCUUUUUUUGUGUCUCUGAGGUAGUUCUGCUGUAAGUUUCAGGUCGAGAGACUGAACUUGUUUCAUUGUGAUUCAGUAAUUAUUGUAGGGAAAGUUUAUCUGGGUAACGUAGCGUUAGGUUUGUCUUUUGGUUAGCGUUUUCUUUCGGAGGAAAGAACAGGAUUCUGAGGUUCAUUAUUUCAUACCCUGCCUACUUAUUUUCACGCCCAUUUCCCCUUACUUUUUUUGAAUUCAUUGAUUGAAACCAGGUGAUUUUAUUGCCCCUGUCUUGCAGUACUGUCAUCGUAUGGUUUUCUCUCAAUCCAUUCCGUGAGCUGUUGAUCCAUCAGUAUUCCUCUUACUUUGUUAUAUCACAUUGUAGUGAAAUACUGAGCGACAAUUUUUUGCUGAUUCUUGUUUUGUUUUUUAUACUCUCUCUAAAAAAUUGUCAAUCUUCAGUUUCAAUUUUUCUAAAUCAUUCGAGACAAAGAAGACUGCCAUUUGUGGUUUCUCAGCAGAAUAUUGCUUGGCACUGUUGUUUUAAAUGGAGUUAUGCCGCAACUAAGUGAAGAAAGAACGUCUCACAUUGAAACGUUCUCGAUCAAUCUUAAUAAGUUUUCUUCACUAAGGACUACUUUUGAUUUUGUGAUUUAUGAAAUCUCGAAGAUAAUGUACUCAGAAGUUCCUCUUUUUGUAAAAUCGGUAGACUUUUCCUUUUUCAAUAUCUAUCAGUUUCAAAGUAGGCAACGGUCCCAUCAGGAAAGAAAUGAAUGCUCUUGGUCAGAAAUUUUUCUGAGUCUGCACUGCUGACCCAUUGAGUUAGGUGUAAUGAAGUUGUAUUCGUAUAAAUGAUGGAUGCCCAGUACAUUUCAAAUUGAACUCUUGCAAUUUUUACGCUUAUAACUUCACAUCAAAUUUAAUAACAUGCUCCACUGUCCAAAGUGUAAUUCAUCUGUUUCUUUCCUGAUGGGACCAUGAUGGUAUGGAAUUACUUUCUAUUUCUUCGUUAGAAAAUAACUUAAUUGGCAAUAAUCUUAGUUUCUUCUCUUUUCCCAAAACCGUCUGUGCUUGUAAUUUUUGAUGAUAGGUUUACAAAACAAGAAGCAGUCCUCACUCGCCCGAAUAAUUUGUACGUUAUCUCCUUUUAAAGAUUCUUGCAGCUUUUAUCAAUGUAUCUCAAUGGCAAUAUUUUAGUUUUUAUGUAUUCAGCCAUUUUCAUUCUGAUUUGUAAGAUGCUCUGUGCGUCAUGGAGUUGGAGGUGGCAUUUUAAAUGUUUUAAUUCCAUUGUUCUGCAUGCCCCUUGGACAGCUUAACUGACUAGUAUCACAGUGGCACAUUUUGCAAAAUUUUAGGGCUAGAAAGAUCAAAUUGUCGGCAAAACUUCCAAACCACAUAUCUCAUAUGCGAUAUUUUAAUAUCUUUGCUCUUAAUUACUUUUUCAAAGGAGAACUAAUCAACCUUAUUCCUUGAAGUUUUCACAGAAUUUUCUUUGCACAGAGAAGAAAAAAUAUAGCAGUUUGAAGAAUUCUCGUAAAGUAGUUUUCCAUUUAAAAAGUAAAGUAUCACAGGAAGUCUGCAACAUUGCAAACCGAUAUACAUGGUUUGGGAGUGUAACCAUCAACAUAUUGAUAAUUGGUAAGAUUCCAUGAUGCUCAUAAUGAUUUUUCUGAUGUUUAAUACCCUAGUUUUCAGUUUACAUCAGCCGUUGCGUUGGAAUCGCUAGGUAGCACUAUCUAAGUUUCCUAUCCGUUAAAAGCAAUAAGAAAGGCAUUAAAAAGAUUUCUUCAUUGUUGGAUUGGUUUAUUUUCCAGUCGCAUCUGGUAGCUGUUCAAGUUUCAGUUUUUGCUUUUCGUUUUUUUACAAAAAAACAUCUAAGAAAAAUUAAUCAUAUUUUGUGGCAACUGAAUAAUUGUGUCUUUCAAGCUCUUUAUUGAUUGAGCUGUUUUGUUGAUUUUAAUUCAAAUCGUUUCUUGAUAUCUUAUCUGCUGGCGAAGAUUACAUUGGAAAAAAAUCUGAAUCUCCUCCAUUCACAGAUAAACGCUCAGUUUGAAUGUGUUGCAUUAUUAGCAACAGGUUUAAAUUAUUAAAAAAAUGUUAGUUACCUGAAUUAUUUCUUUCGCAUUUUACCUUUAUAAGGUUCUUAUUUAAUUAACUUUUUCGUAUCACUAAUUCAGAGCAAAGUUGCAUAAUUUUUUUAAUCUUUUUCAAGCUCCUUCCUAUCAGUGAGAUCGUAUGGUAUUAUGUUUUUUCUCAGUCUCAAGUUUAUCUGUCUUUCCAAUCUUUUAAGAAAGUUGAACCAUAAAGAAUAGAAACCUCUCAUCGAAGCCCAGGAAUAGUUUCAUUUUAAGUUAAUCGAUCUUGUGUCGUUUCAGUACGUCUAGUUCUUAUGUCUCGCUCAUGCUAGAACUCAAAAUUAGACAAACCCUAUAUCUGUAUGUUUCAGAUCUAAAACAAGAAUUUGUGAAUCAUAUACAUAUUUGUAAAUAAUUGUAAUCUAUUUUGAAUUUUAAUUACAUCAUUAACUCUGUCUCCAAAA